AUGUCAUUAGAAAAUAUUCAAAGCAAUUUAAAUCAAACAUCAUCAAAAGGAUGGGAUAAAACUGCCCAAGUUUUUUUAAACAAUUUUGCAAAACCAACUGGAUUUACAACUCUUUUUGCAAUUGAUGCAAUAAAUUUAACAAUUCCAAAAGAAAAUCAAGAAAAACCAAUGAAAAUAUUAGACAUUGCAUGUGGUACAGGACCAUUAACAAUUGUAGCGAAUGAAAUUUUUAAAAAACUCCAAAUUUAUUGCAACUGA